AUGCAGCCUGCGGGGCCCUCCAACCCGUCUAGCACCACCCAACCGCGAAGGUCGCCUUCGGCGACAGGAAACGCGCAGAUUACCCGGAAACGUGUGAUAUAUAGCUGUAUGACAUGUCGUCGGCGCAAAGUGAAAUGCGACAAGGUGACACUUCCAGUAUGCGGAAACUGCGCGAAAAACAGUGCCGAGUGCGCCUACGAUGCGGACCUACAGCAACUUGACGCGCGAACCAGCCGUUCCCGCCGGGCGAAUGGAACAAAACGGCGGAGACAGAUCCAACACUCCUUGGAGGAAAAUACAGAUGGAACCCUCCCGACCUAUAGCCAUUCGAAGCAGGCAUCGUUGUUGAAUGGCCAGAAAACAGAUUUAAGCGCAGUUGAAGCCCAUCUGGCUCAACUUGUAUCGCUCGUUGAGCGGCUACGAAAGGAUAACCAGGCUCACGAAUCGACGGAGAUGCAAGCGGCUGCAUUAGGCCCUGGCGUGGAACCGACGCAAAUGGGAGACGGCAAUAUUCAGAGCAAAUCGACUGUCGGGCGACCUGCUAGUCCGUUCAGCGCUGCUGCUGAUUGUAGCAGCGAUGAGUUUCCCAUCCCAAACGGCCAGACUACGGAUCUGGUCGAUCCAAUGGAAACUUCAAACUUGGGCCACAUGUCCCUGGGGGAUGGCGGGAGGUCAAGAUACGUUGGAACGACAUAUUGGGCUUAUAUUUCCCAUGAAAUGGAGGAGCUCAAUCAACUGCUCGGAAACCAGGAUCAGUCGCAUGAUUUAGCAGCAGGUAGUGAUACCGCAACCGAUUCCAUUUCUAGCAAGCGAAGACAACGGAAAGGAUCGAUAAGUAGCCAAACCACCAGCCAAACCACGCGCUCCCCCUUUCCGCUCGGCUUCUCAGAACCCAUCCAGAAAGCUGUUUGCAUCCCAUCCGGUUAUUUAUCACCGAAUGAUAAAUCGGUCGAGCCAUAUAUGCUUGAGCAUGUUCCGACAAAAUGGCAGAGUGAUAUUCUCUACAAGGGAUUCAUGUCUGGUGUCCACUCACUGAGUCCUAUUAUUCACCCUCCGAUGAUCUUGAAGCUCUAUAAUGACUUUUGGGACUGGUACGACUGCAAAAGUUACGCGGGUGAGCCAUGCCCUAGUCCUUCGUUCAUUCCACUCCUAUAUGCGAUAUGGUUUGGAGGCUCAGUCACGAUUUCCAUGGGGACGAUGGAAACGGAGUUCAAUACUUCGUCACGAGCUGUUCUCUCGACAAAGUAUAGCGAGGAGGUCACUUCUUGGUUAGCCAAGAUUUCGUUUCCCCACAGCGUCACACUUCACGGUCUGGCUGCCUAUCUGGUUGCGCAGACAAUUUUGUCGAGAGAAGAAGAACCUUUGGCAAGUAGUUUGUUUGUUAGUUUAGCAGUGAGAGUGGCGCAGACCUUGGGGUUACAUCGUGACCCUGCUCAUUUUAAUAUCGACCCAUGGGAGGCAGAGUUUCGACGGCGAUUAUGGUGGCAUAUCAUGCAUAUGGAUGCCGUUAUCGCGAUGUCUAGUGGGCUUCCCCCAUUGCUUACCGAUACAACCUACUGGGAUGUUCGUGAGACGAGCGAGGUCAAGGACACCUUAUUGGGUACUACGGAAGCCAAUCAGUAUGAACAAUUGGUUGCCCACGGUCAGCGGCCCCCUGAUAAUCCAGACGACCCGACGGUUUGUGGUGGGCCAUCGAUGGUGAAUGUGUAUUAUUUGUCCGCAAAGGCGAAAUGCAUCAUGGCCCAGUCUGUUCGUAGAAUACUAAAGAUUCAGCUUGGAACGAAACCUCUAACGAGGGGGGAUAUGGUGGAGCUCCGCUCUGUCCUUCACGAUCUUCAAGUCAAACUCAACUCCAUCAUAAGCCGAAUUCCGGAGACAACGGCAACUGAAAAGCCAACACCAUAUCCAAAGCGAGCUAUUCAUUCCAUCGCAGCGGAACUUCCCAUGGAAGGUCCAUCCGGCUGCCCGGAGCAAUAUCAUUCAGUAGUCCUCGUCGCAUUUCAUAAAUGGGCCAGGAUUAUUUUGUCAUUGUUCAUUGAUAAGGCAUUUUGUGUUGCAUACCAACCGUUCCUAAGGAAUCCUCGAAGUCGAAUCUGGCCCAUAGCACGCCAAAGUGCGAUACGGCAUUCCCACGCAUUCAUGGAGAAGUUUAUUCGAUUGGCGACGGAUCCUGACUUUCAGCCUUUUCAAUGGGGCUGGCCUGGGAAUCACCAGCCCAUGCAUGCGAUGAUGAUUAUCCUUAUCGACUUGUACGAACGACCAUAUAGCCCCGAAGCCUCCGUAUCACGCGGAUUUGUCGAUCAAAUCUUGUCGCUCUCUGGACCAGAUGGGGGCGUCGUAAGUGGCGGAGACGACAUCUUCACACAACGUCCGUUGAGGAAUGGAGGCCGUGAGGCCUGGGGUAUGAUCCGUCGUCUGCGCCAAAAGGCCUGGCAGAAAGCCGGUCUGAAUCCACAAAUGCCUCGGACAGGACAAGAUUGGUCAACCACAUCUGAUUUUGUAAAUGCACCUUGCUUCAAUUCCAUGGCAUCCGCAACCGUGACCGCACCUACUACUAGCGCCGCUGUUGGUGCAUGCGACACAGCAUUUGCUCCCGAUUUACCUUUUGCUCAUUCCUCCGCUGCUCCUAUGCCGACUCAACAAUCCCUCAUUAACCCUCCUCCGGUGAACUUCGUGGACACAACCGGUCCAAAUAUACCUCCCACCCGUGAGAAUUCUGUCCCUUUCAUGAUGGACCCGAGCCUCAAUUUUGACUGGGGCGAAUGGGACAAUAUCUUUGGGCAAUCUUUACCCGUUGCUGACGAGCUUAUGGAACUCGAUCAAGUCACAGGGCUUGCAUUUGCGGACUUGGAAAAUGGAUCUAUGUGA